AAUUGCGUAGAGGGUUUUUAAUUAGCUUUUAUUUGCGUGUUGACUGUUUCUACUCAAAAUUCUAAUGCACUUAUUAGCCCCAGAAGACUGACUGUGGUGCCUUUUAGUUUAAUUGUAUUCUGUGUGUUCAUUUUAUGUAGUAAAGUUUUUUGAAAUGAUUGUUGCUUCCUUUUCUUGAGAAUUCUUGGGCAGCAUGUUCCAACUUACUGGUUACCUCUAGUUCCUCAGUUUCUUCCAGAUUGGAAUCAAUUACACUCAGCGUCAAAUUGAUGAUGCAGCAGCAGGCAGCUCCUAUGCAGCAUGGUGGUGCCUUGUAUAACUACUACCAACCUAUCACCGUCCUCACCGGUCCUAAUCGGAACGUCCGUCAGCCCGCUCAGCGCACCCAACCUCAUACCAGUGGGACCAAUGGACCUCGACCAACUUAUGCGGGAAACAGUGGUCAGGGUAAAAGUGGUCCUCGAGGUCCCCCUGUGGGCGGUAACAUCGCAACACAGCAGACUAAUCUCGGGGGGAACAGCAUCUACCGAGGAAGCUCGUGGGGCGGGGGCGCUAACCCCUUCCCGUCGCUGAGGUAUGCGACCCCCAUGGGCCACACAAAUGCUGCCUACACACAUCAGCCUGCGUAUGGAUCUCAGCGUGUUCCUACAGCAGCUUCACCCUCUAACACCAACAGUAGUUCAAGUUCCAACACAGGCUCCCAGAGCGGAACGUUGAGCACCAGUCUCAGUAACAAUAUGGGGUCUGGUCCGGCUGGAGAGCAGCUAUCAAAAACUAAUUUGUAUAUACGUGGCCUGAACCAGAACACUACGGACAAGGACCUGGUUCAAAUGUGUUCAAUGUAUGGAAACAUCAUAUCGACGAAGGCAAUAUUAGACAAGAACACGAAUAGAUGUAAAGGUUACGGGUUUGUUGACUUUGAGACUCCAGCAUCGGCCGAGUCGGCAGUCAAAGCCCUGCAGGCGAAGGGAGUUCAGGCGCAGAUGGCGAAAGUGGGUAUCUCGUUGCUGCGUAGACUGCCCAGUCAACAAGAGCAGGACCCAACGAACUUGUACCUUGCCAACUUGCCACUUAACUUCAAGGAGAAUGAUGUCGACAGCUUGCUAGCAAAGUAUGGACAGGUUAUCUCAACAAGGAUCCUAAGGGAUACGGCUGGUCAAAGUAAAGGUGUUGGCUUCGCAAGGAUGGAAUCGAAAGAAAAGUGUGAGCAAAUAAUCCAAAUUUUUAAUGGGAGCUCCCUGGCCGGGUCAAAGGAGCCACUUCUCGUGAAAUUUGCUGAUGGUGGAAAUAAGAAACGUAGCCUCUACAAGAGUCCAGAUCAGCGAAUGUGGAGGGACGGUGGAGAGUUGUGUGUGUUUGACUUAUAUCAGGCAGCUGCAGUAAGCUACGACCCAAGCGGCAUGUCACAGAAUGGAGUGACAGCACAGCACAUGCUUCCCGCAGCUUUAACACAGUACGGUCGACACUACGGUGCUCAGACUAUGCAGAGCUAUUCAUUGCCCGGGAAUCCCUGGCUACCCCAGUAUGUGAUGCAGCCAGCGCCUCAUAUUACUCAAAUGGAAGACCAAUUUGCUUGCCAGGUGGCCACCACCUCUCACAUGCAUAGUUACAAGAAUGAGAAUCAACACUCCAGGGGCAUUUCUGUGAUGAUGCCAACAUCAGCAGAUCCUAGCUCAGUGCAGUACAGUUCCAUGAUUCCACAGUUGGCAACACACAUGUCAACAUUGCAGCUUGGUACUGCUGGAUCAUACAUUGCAAGCCCACAUCCGUACCCUUUCUACCAUGGACCAGGUACGUCCAUCAUCCAUGCUGUGCCCAUUGCGGACUCUGAACAGACUUCCAAUGCUGCCUCACCAGAUGACAAUUAUCAACCAUACCAAACCAACCAGGCACCCAAAUUUUAUUAGAAAUGUUACAGAAUCCAUUUGGCAAAUGAAUGGAGAAACCAUGUUGAGACUUGAAUGGAUGGAAUUUUUUUAUUGUGAAGGAAAGAUAAGAUUUCCUGACAAGAUGUGACCUGAGCAACCCAAUUGGAUGGACUGCAGGAGAAUGAAGAACAUGAAGAAUUGCCACAUUCUAGAACGAACCCCGGACUUGCCACCAUCUGCUUAUCAGUGAAACAAAAUAAGAAACAAAUAUAUAUAAUAAGAUAGUUCAUAAUUUUUAUUGUAGUGUGAAGAUAUGUUUAGCUAUGCUGUCGAUUUUUCCAGUUGUAUCGUAUUUUUUAUUAUAAUUACUAUUAGCUUUUGAAUUGCAGACGAGGUUAGAAUUAUUGUUAAUAUGGAUAGUGGUUGUCAAAUUUUUCCAUGGCAUUGAAAUUUGAUUGAUAAAAUACCAUGCAUGUCAUCAGUGGGUGGUAUAGCAUUCAGUACCAAUGUAAUAAGCAUAUCAUCUUGGAAAGACGAUGAAUAUAUUGUCUUCUGUCAGAUCGUAUUAAUCUGAAACGUAUUUCAUGAUAUACUGUUCGAGUAUUUAUGCCAGUAGUUACUUGCUUAAAGCAUUAAGAAGAAUUGUUUACUGUUUAAACAAUUUUGUUGUGUUUAGAAUUUAUUGACAUGUAAUACUGGUGCUAGUUUUGGUGCGUUCUCUUAAUGCGAGUUACUUCAUCCUAUGCCAGUUUCACCGCAGCAUGGAGCGCCAAAAAUUGUUCUGUUUCUCGUUGUGAACUUUGUUUCUUCUGAAUGACACAGUGCCAAGUUAUGAUGAAAAUUCGUAGCUUCAUUUUAAUAUCUGCUAGCCUUUGAACUUCGUAUAGUGUGAAAUAUGUGUAAUGUAUAAUUAGAAACUGGGUAGGGGAAGAAAACUGAACGGAUCAAGAACUCACUCAUUUGUGGCUAGGGAAUAGUAUUUAUUUCACCCAUGACACACUUUCUGAAAGACAUUGGUAGUAGUAUUUGGACCUCUGCUCUGGUAAGUUCUUUUUCUGUUUCUUGCUACCCAAGUGAGAAACAGUAAGAAUAAAUACACGUGUUUGGUAUUUUGUAGUUAAUCGUGCCAUGGAACAUUCUGCAGCCGUGAAAGCGUACUAAAGAAAAUAGUAAAUAUGGUAGGGUUUGUUAACCCGCAAAAAGUAACAAAACUGCUGCUCACAUCAAAGAUUUCUUCCGACAUACCUUCCAAAGCUAAAACUUGAACGAGUUUAAUUUUUUUGGGGGGUGGGGUGGGGGGGGGUUUGUGGUUUGUUUUCUGUCUGAACCAAAUCUAAUACCAGCACUGUAGAUGGGAAUGAUAAUUGUUUCUCAGAAUGCCAUUCUAUCUUAAGAUGUUUAUAUCAAAAUGUGAACUCUACAUUAGGUUAUCAAAAUUUAUAGGCUGUCCAUUGUUCAUGCUUAUUUUGAAAAUGAUCAAAUUAAGACUUGAAUUUAUUAACUUCACUGAUUUUUCUUAUGUGAAGUAAUUAGUCAAAACUGCAAAUAUUGGACACUUUUGUAGCAACAAGCUUAUUGCUAUUUAGCACGGUUGAUCAUUUGACACACUCUUUAGAUUUCUGUGGUGUUGAGGAGGGAAAACUGUUAUUUGUUGAACAGUUCACAUCUCCUUUCUUCCAAAAAGAGAUUGCUAUGUGAUUUGCCAAUAUUGGCCAGAGAUUUGUGGCCUAGUUUGCUGACGGAAGGAAGCAAAACUAUCAGCGAUACUGUAUGGAGAACCGAAUGAGCCAUACCUUUAAUUUUGUCACAUUCCAGUCAAAUGGCAAGCAUUAACUGUGUUGCCUUGUAGUAAAUUUUUUUUGUUUUUGUUUCAUAUUUUUCUACGACUUUAACUGUUGUUAGUGCAGAGUUUUUUCCAAUGUUGAAAUAUUUUUUUAUGAAAAUGCCUAUAUCAACCAUACGUGAAACGAGUUUUUAAACUAUUUCGUUCUUUUUUUAAAGACAUAUUUUUUUUAGAUAUUGUGCCUUUUCAUGAUAAUUCAAAGACAGGGAAAUAUAUAUAUUAUAAAAUACUAAUCAAGAAGCCAAAUUUAUCUUCUAGUUGCUAAUUGUUUCAGUGUUGUAGCAGUUCAAAAAUGUAUGUUCAGUUGAUCUAGAAUUGAGCCUAGUUCUUUAUGUGAUUAAAGCUGUGGAUGCUGAUGGAGAUACACACAUUGAUCCUGUAGCAAGAGGUUUUAAUAUUUCCGAAUUAACUGAAUCAUAUUUGUAAAGUUAUUUUUGACAUGACUUGAAAAGGGACCUCCAUUUGGUUACUUACAAUACCUUACUAUGAACCUUUUUUGUGAUAGUAAAUAUAGAUUUUUGCAUAAUUUUCAGGUUAGAAGAAGCAUUUAAAGUCGUAAGAAAUCAAUAUAGAUUUCUUAGUGGAAAUGAUAGCUUCAGUUAAGGGUUGGUGUUAAAAUACGCCGCUGUAAUUAUGCAGUGAAUGAAUGACGAACUGAUGAUAUAGUGAAUAUUAAGCAAACAGCUCUCAACCAAAAACAAUAAGACCAACUAUAGAUUUUAUAGUUAAUUGGUUGGUAACUGACAUAUACUAACACACCGUUAAGUUGUGAUUGUUUGAUGGAUAAUUGAAUUCGUUCAUAUUAUAGGCAAAUAUAUUUAUCAGUUUUUCCAGAUUCUGGUUUGUUGGUUGUGACACCCAGUAGCUCAGAUCAGUUGGUUGGUGCCAUUAAUAAAUCAGUUCUGGAGUUAUUACUGUUUAAAAGGAUCUUUGAAAUGUCAGGUUUUACUAGAAAUUUAGAGCUAAUAUUGCUGUAGUACAUUCAUAGUGUUACUGCAUUCAGAAGUGCGGAAAGAUUUUACAACGUCGAAAUUGGUGAAGUAAAAAUAAGAGAGAUUUAGUUUAUUUUGGUACAAUUGAAUCAAUGGUAAGAUGGUAACUAUUUUUUAAGGAUCACAUUACUGACACAAGAAUCCAUACUGAAGAUUAAAAAUAAAUUGUGUGUUGUAUUUACGCAAGUAUGUGUUUCAUGAAGAAGAAGAAGAGGAAGGCAGAAUACAGAAGCAUACACUUUUUUUUAAGGGUUUUGACAUUUACACAAAGAGACUUAUUUGUUAGUUGAGAUGACAAAACUAUAUUCCACUAUUCUCGUUUGUAAGAAACAACCAGAUGCACAGACGGACACUUGCGUGCAACUCCAUCUUGAUGGAUCAUGAUGUGAAUAAAAUAAAAAGGACUUUCAAUGUUGGUUUCCACAUUGUAAGGAACACAACUCACAGCUUUACGAGGAAGUGUGAAAGUUGCACCUGAUAAAUCGUGGUGCAAGAAUUAGAAUUUAGGUACAGUUAUUAGAAAUGGGAAAAAAGUUGUAGAAAUAGUUUGUACUGUAAAUGUAACUGAGUGGAAUUUGGAUGCCAUUGCUGCUUUUCCAUUAGAUGUAGUGUAGGAAUAUUGGAUUAUUGGUAGUUUUGGUAACAUUGUGUCUUUUUUUUAAAACAAGUUCUGACUGAGGUUAAAAAAAUUUGUAGAUUUUUAAGGGGGAAAAUCCAAGUUUCACUUAAUGUUCUGAUGUGAGACUCCAUAUGUAGAACUUAGGUCAAGGUGGGUCUUCAUUUUAUUGUACAGUAGUAAGUAAGUUCCCUGGCCUUUUUCUUUUGUAAUGUGCAUGUCAUUUAAGUUCAUGUCAGUAAAUCUAAAAGAACUAGUUGUUGUGUUUGUCCAGAUGUGUUGGUUUAAUGUUUUCUGUGUGAAAGAAAAGAGUAGUUUGUAGUCAUAAUUAGGUGUUAACUGAGUGGCAACAGUGAGUUGCAUUAGAACAGGAUUGGUAGUUUGUAGUGUUCGAGAGGCUGAGUCAUAGUGGGUGGGCAGACAGUGUCUGGCAGGCAGUGAUCAGAGUGGAGAAGAGAAUGUGCCCCCAAUAUUGGUCAAGUUUAAGUGCCCUUAGUUUCUCCCCCCCUCCUCUCUACCAACUCACAAAGUGAAGUCCUAGUCUUUAAAUAUCUUUCCAAAAUGAACGUUCCUAAGACGGUCUGUUCAUUCGGUAGGCAUGUUGAUAUUGACGUCACCAUCAUCCAAUUAAAUGUAACUUUCUGUUGGUCGUGUAUUAGCGGAUCUUUCUCGGUUCCAUUUCAUUAUUUUGUUGGGUCAGCAUUCUUUAAUUAGAUGUUUUAUUGUUUCAGGCAGCGUAUUUCUAAGGUUACGUGGGGAUAAAACCAAAUGUUAGGUUUGGAAAGCCACUCUUUAAAUUUGUGUAAUCAUCACCAGUUAUGUCAAUAUUGGACUGUCAUAUUGAUGAACCAUACAACAGCAUCCAAAUGGAUGCAUGUGGCCUGUCUUGCCCCAGUUUGAGUGUCCUUCCACUCCGCAAGAAUGCCUGAUACAGUUUUUGAAUUAGCAGAAUAAUGUAUUAUGGACAGGGAACCAAGCCAUAUGAAGAAGUAUAGUGAAGAAUAUUAAAAAAUUAAGAUAAUAACUAAAAAAGAAAACUUUAUUUUGUUACACAACUUUUUUGUGAAAAUAACAUAAAAGUCUUUUUCUUGUUGUCGUGUUAAUAAAAGUGUGCUGUGUUUUUUGUAGACUAGAUUUUUCUCUCUUUUCUCCGAAAAAAGAACAUCAGAAUGAAAGAAAGGGAUGGCUAUAAAAUACUGAGAGCCUGCAAGCAAAUGCAAGACGGAUCAACUACAGACUUCCGUUAGAUUCGGAAGGUAACCCUGACUCUGCUACUGUUAAGUUCCUUGUAAAUAUUUGCUAGAAUGCUAUGUUUCAGCCUCAAAAGUAGUUAGGAUUUAAGAAAACAAAAAAGUUUAAAAUACUUUAGAUAUUAAGAAGUGAAUCCUUGGAGAGUGAUGGAUACAUGGACCAAAGUUUGGUGCUGAAAAGUACGAAGAUCUUGGACAGAGUUUAGCAUUCCAGUCUUCCCCUCGUCAGAAGAUGCACCACAAGUGAGACGUCAUGGUCUCAAUGAAGUGCCAAGUUCUGGUUUAUGUAAUGUAAAGUGUUGAACAAAGUUCGUCGGAAAGAGACUUCAUUAGAAGUGAAAGAAAAGAAUUAGAGAGGGUAACUCGCAAUUUGAAAAAAACAAGGCAAAAUUCAGAGAGACUUCAGAGCAAGGAUUUAGUAUUUGUGUUGCUGUUGGAUUUUGAAUUGUCACUUGGAUGCUAAGAUUAGAAUAAGCCUACAAUCAACUUAAUUGGAUGUUGUGGUGCAUAUUCAUUUGUACGGAGCUUCUUGUUGGUUAAUUUUUGUUAAUGGUGUAGCACCUUCUGUUAACAUAUUCUAAUACCUUAUUGAGCUAUAUUUUACUGCAUAGUUCUGAAAGUUGAAGUUGUUUGUUGAAUUGCUAGAAAGAUAAGUGUCGCUAAUCUAUAUCAGCAAUUACAAAGAAUAAAUCUCGGAAUGUGUCCGCACUUUCAGGUGGAAUGAAAUGCACUGGUUCAAGCUUGUUCUACUCCAUGCAUUGGAUCUUGCAUUUACCUGUGAAAACAUUUGUAUUAGUCAAAUGUAAGUUGUGGAAAUGUAAGUCACACACAAAACCAGUAAAAAAUACUAGAUGCUUGAUACACGCGCAAAGUAUGUUUGAUAAUUAUCGUUUUAUCCCUCCUACAGGAAUCUAGGUUUAUUUUUGUAAUAAUAUUUGGGUAGAUUUUCACCCCCUUACAGUAUGUAGAUGUUUUCUUUCUCUUCAAGAUCUUUCACUAAUUCUAAUUCUUUGCAGUUGUUGGUUUAUUGGAUGGAUAAUGUGAUGUGAUUUGCAGAAGUUUACUGAGGCUGCUACGUGAAAUAACAUAUGAUUCCAAAGAGUUUCCUUGCCUUGUUCCCAAGGAUUUUUUAUUGUAUUGUAUUAUAUUAGUAUAUCAUAUUACAUAAAUUAGAUUAGUUCUCUUCUUCAGAUGUUUCUGUAAACUAUGAUAGUGUCAUGACUGUAAUUUAUGACAGUUGUGGUGACUGAUUUGCUACACUUCCUGGCCAUCAUUGCAGCAGUCUUGAAUCUUCCUGUUACGUACUGAGGCAAAUGAAGGAAGAAACUCAUACGAGAUGAGGGUGGGAGAAGGAACAUGGCAGUGUGGUUCAUUUUAACAUUAUUUACGAGAACUACCAUUCAAUUAUAAAACCGACACUGCCAGGAAGCAGUGAGGGUGAUAUGUUGAAAAUAUUUAUACAGAACUUUUUAAGUACCAUAUCACAUAGGGUAUAUGAAUUAUUGCUAGUUGGUUUCCUUUGCUGUUCUGAACGACGUUAUAGAUACAGUUAUGUGUACGUUAACUUCGGAUGAGGGUUAACAGUUUUUUUUGCACUUGGCCAGUGUUUUAUCACUGCAGUGUAACAUCGUGCAAUUGGAACUCAGUACAAGGACUAAUUUGCCUCUUUUGUGUUCUGACACGGUAAUUGAAUGAUAAUCAUUGAAGAGGAAAUUUUUAUGUUACUUAGAAAUGACCAGUUAACAAAGGUUUUGUAUGUAAAUAUGGUAGCUGUCAUAUAUUUCGGGUGUUCGUUAUUUCAGUAUGUUUCCCCGCGUACCGUUCGAUGGCCUGUCUUAAUCUUGGUGAUCUGAGUGUAAACUUUGCAAGGUAUCAUUCACAUCUAAGCCUGUGAUAGAAAUACUAAUAUCACAUAAAUAAAACAUUUGCCUUCAGAUUAAAAGCGCAGUUUUUGUCACCCAUGGAAGUGCCUCAUUGGAAAAUGUUAUAUGUUAUAAGAUUGAUUCUAUUUUCACAUAACUUGGUGUUGCGUAUAUGACACUGCUGUUUUCUUUGAUGCAGCCUGUGUUACAUAUUCCUCCAUAUUUAAGUAGCAUAAAGGAAAGUAUUUUUUCAUCUAGAAGUUUUGUAUUAAGCAACUUUCAAAAUGUUGUUCAUGAUUUAGGAAUUAUAGCUUUACACGAAGUAUUGUCUUCAGUACAUGCAAGUGAGCAGUUGCCAACACAGUACAGGAAUCAGAGAAUCAAGAUUUAAGACGUGCAAGGUAUUUUAUCGGUGAGAUUCUUUGUUUGGAUGGCUGGAAGUUGUAGCUAACCACAACUAGUAUGAAGUGUAGAUAAUUGGAGUUGUUUUUCUGUAUUUACGCUGUAGAACUGUGACUGUUGGCUCAACAUUCAUUUGUAUAAUGGGCAAGAAACUCCGUACACUUGGGUAUUCCACAAAUAGUUUAGCCCCAUCUAGAUAACUGUUUUACUACAUUUACCGAGUAUCAACAUGUGGCACAUUACAAAAUGGGUUCUUCCUGCAAAUAAUUUGAUUUGUUAAGAAUGUACAGCUGUUGCAUGUGACUGAUCAGUCAGUGGGGUAUCACUGUAAUGGUGGGGGGGUGGGUGCGCAGUAAAGAAGGAAUUAUGUGUAAAUGCCACAUUUUAAAUCUCCACAAUUUUCAAUCCUAUUAUUGUGACGGUGAUAAUCAGUGCUCAAGAUUUAAACAGACAUUCCUCUGACAAUAUGGAACUGAAGGAGAAAAGCAGUUGUCCAGAUGUGGGCAUUAGUUACUGUGUUGUGUGACUGGAGAAAAGGCAUGGAUGACGGAUAUUUAAAGAGAAUUAAAAAAACAUCCAAAAAAAGUGUCUUAAGAUUUUAUCAGUUGGUUUCAGAAAAUGCAGAUGAGAGCAACAACUUCUGUUGCUAAUUGGGUUUCCCCUCUUCUGAUCAAUAAAGAUCUUAUAUUGGGAA